AUGCAGCUGCACAGCCUAAGGCAAAUGCUCGUAAACCAAUUAUCGUGUUCCUUCCUGCUUUUGCUGGCAAUUUCACAAAUCGUGCACACAACUCACAUCCGGGAGAUUUGCGAAAAGCGGGAUAUUUUCUUCGAUGUCUUCCACUGCCAGCUACUGGACACGUCCGCUCUUGAUGAAUGCAUCACGUACAUACUGUACGAUGUGAAUCCGAGCGAAGGAUUCAACCUGCGGCGUGACGUGUACAUAAGAAUGGCCGUGUUCCUUCAGUUCCUGCGAACGCAGCCAGGAUACCACCGUUCGAAGCUCGUCCUGCCACCUUGGUCAAAUUUGGUACACUGGCGCAGCCAAAACAUUGACCAAACCCAGCUCUUCUGGAAUCACUUUUUCGACAUGCGAAGCAUGAAAUCGUACACCGACGUGAUGGAUAUGCACGAAUUCUUCGAUGCGUACGAACGGCUACACGGGAAAGGUGCGGAUGUGCUGAUCGAUGAAGUGUACAAGCUGAAGCACUUCGAUAACAUGUUCGAGAACGGCGUUUUCGUGGACAAAUUCGAAGAGCACGUGUGCCCCAGAAGCGACUCGUCAAUGCUGCCGUACUUCGGUUAUGGCAACUUCACCGCGAACGAAUUCACGUGCAUAUAUUUUCAGGGCAGUGCCAUGCUGUUGCACAGGUUGCUGGAGACUUUCAAAAGCAAGCAACAAAAGUACGUUCGUUACGUACUGGUGCAGAACGCCGAAAUUGUACUCCACGAUAUGUGGGGGAACGUCGACUACUGGGAGGCUCGUCGAUCGAUGCGCUUUGCUCAUGAUUUGGUGGACGUUGCAAGCCGGUUUCGGUUGGAGUUUCUAAAUUCCUCCGACAAGCAAGACCGUACGGUGAGACCACCCAGCUGGAUGGACGAAAGAAAGCAACGUGAAGCCAGAGGAGGAGAUUACCUAUGCGCUCACAUUCGGAGAGCGGAUUUUUUGUAUGGACGCGACAAAACUACACCGACUAUUCAAUCAGCAGCGCUACAAAUUCGUUCCAAACUGCUCGAACUAGGCAUGAAAACGGUAUUUGUCACAUCGGACUGCUCUAGGAUGGAAUUUUACAAUUUGAAAAACUAUCUCAAACGAUUCCGAGUAGUUCGUUUUGCUCCCGAAAGCUAUGAGCAACGGUUGGCACUUAAAGAUGGCGGAAUCGCCAUUGUAGAUCAGAUCAUUUGCUCUCACGCUCGGUACUUUAUAGGCACGUAUGAAUCUACUUUUACGUAUAGAAUAUACGAAGAACGGGAAAUUCUUGGCUUCCUCAAGGAUCAUACCUUCAACACUUUCUGCAAAAGCGAAAAGGAUAUGAACUGCGAGAAGAACACGGUUUGGCCGAUAGUUUAUAAUUGAUUUCGGAAUUACUACCCUGUACGAUAUAGGCAAUAAAAUAGUGCUGUUUUUGCAGUU